GGCGGCGGCGGAGGCGGCGGCGGCGGCGGCGGCGGCGGCGGGAGCGGGCGCGGGCGGCGAGUGGGGAGCGGGGCCCGGAGUGGAGCAGCCGCCGCGGCGGGACUGGACCGAUCCUCGCCGGCGCGCACCUGCCCGCAGCGCCCGCGGAGCGCGCAGCGCGGCCCGAGCGCGACGACCUGCCGAGCGGCGGCCGAGGCUGCGGUGUGGGCGCGUCAGGCCGCGACGAGGGCGCUGAGACAAGUUUACAUGUAUUGGAGACCAGACCAGAAGCCCUUCUGAAUU